ACACGGGGGGAGAUAACGGUUUGGGGAGAGUUUAGGAAGCGCAAAUACGCAUAAUGUGCUGCGCCGGGGAGAGGCAGGGACACUGGUAAUAACGCGCUGCUCGUUCCGACAAGUCUCUGAAGGCUGUUAGGAGACAACAUGAUACUUUUCUAAGUGGUAUUGUAAAUAACAGUGGAAUUUUUUAUCGUUUGGUUUGAGCAAACACGCUUGUUUUUACAUGCUGCGCGUCUAAGUGGAUACCAAAGGGGGCGGGAGAAGAAGCAACAAGUGGAGUUUGGCGUGGACAGGCCGAAUGUUCUCACCAUCACCAGCUAUGGAAGAGCAAAAGGAGCCUAAGAGCGGGCGGGACUCGACCGAGGAGGAGAGCAUGUCCCUAUCGCCGAAUCUUCCAUCCCCCGCCAUGAUUUUACCCCACCAGGCGGCCCAGCAAGCCCACAGGACCACGAACUUUUUCAUUGACAACAUCCUCCGGCCGGACUUUGGCUGCAGGAAGGAGCCGAGCUGCCGCGACCGGAGCCAAACGCUCGGUAGGGAAAACGUCAACCCGCUCGCAGCGAGGCCCCCGCACACCGGCAGCCUGUGUCUGGACUCCAACUGCAGCAGCGACAGCACCUCGUCGUCUCCUUCCUCCUCGUCGUCCACAUCCUCGUCUCCCUCGUCAAAGCAGAACUCGUCAAAACAGGGCGAAGCGGCCAGCAACGGGUCUGGAAGAUACGCGGAGAGCCCCUCGGCUAUUAUGCUCGUGAGUGGCAGCAAUGGAGGAUCUCCGCCCACGUCGAAAGACAGCCAGCCGAUGUUGUGGCCCGCUUGGGUUUACUGUACUCGGUACUCGGACCGGCCCUCAUCUGGUAAGGCGCUAAUAGUCCCCGCUGUUGUACCGUCUGGGGGUGUUUGAGCGCUGGGGAACUCGCUAGACUGCAUCGAUCCUUGACAGCCACAAAGUUCCUCCAAGAGUUUGGAUAUUUAAUAAUCUUAUUUUGCCCAAUAAAACGCUCGUUUUUGUUUGGAAAGAGCGAGUCUGUGAGGGGAAAAAUGCGGAAAUGAUUUGAAUCUAAAAAAAGAAAAUGGAGAACAGUAUUUUCUAAAAAGUACUUUUAAUUUCCAGCCCAUCUUUACGCACACAAAAUCAGUAAAUAUAACUGAUAAUUAUCAAUAAAAGCACCUCUUAAACCAAAUUGUGCAAAAAAAGACUAAGUACAAUUUUACAAAAUUAUGCUUUAUGGUUUCCUUCAUGGAUUUAAUCCAACACCUCCAUGUGUGUGUUCCUAAUUUGGCCUCCUUGUAAGAACACUUUGCUCUUUUUCUUCCUGUCCUCUCAAACACAUAAAGCGCAUAGGCUUUAAAGAAAUACACAUAUUAAAAAACACAACAACGUAUACAAAAAAAAAAAAAAAACCUAUAAAAAUAACAACACCCACCUUUUUGGUACCGCGUGUGUGUUUAUUUUCUUACCAAAAUAUCUCGAGAAAAUGGAUGAAAGUUUUCUGGUGUUACUUCUCAUUUUUAAAAAGUAUCUGUGUAACAUUCAGCCUCAGAAUAAUUUCAUCCAAAUAUAAUAUUUCAUCGUCUUGUCUGCAUCAUCUUGGACUAUCCUUAUAAAUGUACACAGGCCUCACUUGUUAUCAGAGCUGCCUCAUUUCUCCAUUAUCCAAUCCAGAGGCCCGAAAGUGUUCCGGUUUGAGGUGAUUAGUCUGUUUAUUUUGGAGAUGUCAGAGCACACCGAGCUGUUAAGAGGAACUAUUUCCACUUUUAUUAUAGGCGUGAUCUGUACUCAGUGUCGGUGUUAGCAGGGGAUUGGUGCUGAUGGUGCGUUCAAGAGACAGUUGUAAGAGUGGGAAUGGUGCGUAAAGUGUUAUUGUACAUACUAGGGUCAAGUCUGAUUGGAGGAUACUUUAUUGAUAAGUAACCAGACAUAUAAAUAUUUCUGAAACUGUGAUUUUUUUUUUCUUUAUUACGCACGAAUAGAGAUGAUCACGCGCUUUAUUUACCUCGUCUGGCUGUAAAAAAUGAAAAAAGUUAAACUCAAAGGCCCUCAUUUUUUAUUUCCUCAAAUUUCUAUGUCACGCAUUUACGUCUCCCGUGUCUUUACCCCACACUGGAGUGAACAUCACCCUCUUUUUUCGCUCACACUUGCUCUCCCUCCACAGAGCACUGAGUAUGUCAUUCGCAAAUCAACACUUGCGCUCACAGAUGGCCUACUGACAGUUUACGACGAAAUGUCACGGCAGCUUGUGCCACGACGUUCAGCACCGUGACCAAAUCAUAGCAUUAAUAAGCCCUACCUGAUAAUUGCACAGACUCAGCCACGCGUCAACACCGAUAUAUAUACCUGCUGGGUGCAUCAGCUGCGAAGUGUUUUGGUUUGUCGUUUGUUUUGUGCGCGUAAAAGUUUGGAUACGAGACUCUUAUCAAAGGGGAGUUAUUUAUUUUCUUUUUAAACGGUGCUGUGUUGAUGUUUAAUCUGCAUAUAAGACAUAAAGAAAAUCUUGGAUCUGCUGGACUAAAAAUCUUUGAAAGUAUUUGACACAAAGGCUGGUGCGCAAUGGUGCGUAAUUCUUCUGCGCCAAUUCACUCCAAAACAGGGAAUAAGGGAAAUUUUGAAAAAGCAACCAGGUUAGAUAUUUUGGAAGCUCCUGUUUUUACUUUUUCUCAACUUUACUGCAAACUUGUGACCCAAGGAGGCCAAUAUUCGUCAUGAUUAGUAAUAGUAAUGGCUACCUUGUCUCCAUUAGACCCAAUACGGCGUGUCUAUAAAGACUAUCACGUACAUGAUAUUUAUUUACUGCUCAUUAAAUCAUUAAUUUAUAGAAAGAAGAGCUUUAAAACAUAUAUCUCCUCAUGCGUCUCCGUAUUUCUCAGUCCAAAACGCGCAAUCAAUCAAUCAAGCAAGCAGAGAAAGAUAACUCCUGUGUUUGCAGUCCAGCAGUAAAAUUAACAUUUUAUUUCCACUAUUGUUUCCACACUAGGCCCAAGGACACGCAAACUGAAAAAGAAGAAGAGCACUAAAGAAGACAAGCGGCCCAGGACAGCGUUCACGGCCGAGCAGCUGCAGAGACUGAAAAACGAGUUCCAGGCCAACCGGUACAUAACGGAGCAGCGGAGACAGUCUCUGGCCCAGGAACUCAACCUGAACGAGUCUCAAAUUAAAAUCUGGUUCCAGAAUAAGAGAGCCAAGAUUAAAAAGGCCACCGGGUACAAAAAUGGGCUCGCCCUGCAGCUCAUGGCGCAAGGACUGUACAACCACUCCACGACCACUGUGCAGGAGGACAAGGAGGACAGCGAGUAAAAGGGCCCCGGACUUUUUCCCGUCUGUGGGGCCUUUUAUCAGACUCUUUUGACGCGUGGAGAUAAUGAAAAAAAUGAACUGCGAGUGGGGAAACGCUAUUUAAAAACACAGAAUUCUGUUAAUGCUAACAGUAUAUGGACAUAAUUAUAUGAAUAAACGAUCGUUAUUAAAGUUUAUAUAGCCGGACAGCUAUCAUGUUGUAUAAGUAUAUUUAAUUUCAGACCCAUAGCUCAUCCUUUCAGUCUCCAAUCUCCCUUUUUAGGAUCGUUGUCUAUUUGGCUCAAUAAGGUUUUUUUUUUGUUUUGUUUUUUUUGGUGACCCCCCUUGUCCCAUAUUUUGUCACCACAUUUCUCCUCCACACAUCAGUCCACAGACUCAAACAAGCCAAAGAUUUUCAUAUGUUCACGUUGUAGUGUGAAAUAAAGACAGUACAAGGUAGAUGGGUGGAGUAGAGCUUUGUUUUAUUUGCCAAAAGCUGAAAAUGCAAAAAUUCUCUAUCUUUUUAAAGGGGGUGAAAUUUAAUUUAAUUUAAAACUGUGAAACUACAUUUCAUUUUACGAGGUUGAACGUGGACUUACACGUUUUUUUUUAACAGUAUAAUGACUUUUUCCCCCACAUAAUAACCCAGAAUUUAACAGGAAUUCCCAGUUUCUUAAAAGUGUUUGGACUGAAAUGUGAAAUUAAUGCUGUUAAUUUGCUUUUAACUUCAUUACCGUUUCUAUUCUUUUUACGAGGAAUAACCGUUAAAUAUAAUUUUACAAAAUUGUAAAGCAGAUCUAGUAUUUAUUGAUCAACUUUUACUUGAUCAGAAACACCCAUUACGACAACUAAUGGACAAUAUUUCACUUAUUUUAAUAUUCACUUAUUGAAGGGGGGAAUUAACGAUCGUAUUUCUGAGUGGGACAAAAAAACGGUAUGGAUUUCACUCGGCCUGUUUGGCCUUGUGUGUCCUCCUUUUUCAGGUUUGAUGAUGCCUGGCUGUGAACUCAUGUCAGACAAAGUUCAGGGUGUCUGAAUGAAUUUGGCUUUUAUGUCAAGAGUUGUUUGCACUAUACUGAUUGUUUCAACAAGGUCUCACACACUCCUCAAA